ACCGCCACCAUCUAGGCUAGUCUACAGCUAGUACACACCCCACAACAAUAUAAUCGUCGUCGUGGCGGAUUGGAGUUGACAGUUGCCAUACCACCAGUACUAGCUCGCUCGCUCGCUUGCUCUCAGAACUGAUCGCUGUGAGGAGUAUGCCGUCGCUGUGGCCAACGAGGAAGAAGCGGGCGCGAGGCUCGGCGGUCCGGUCGUGGUCGCGCCGCCGCGGGAGCAAGAAAUCAUCGUCGUCGUCGUCGCUGGGGGCGCUGUGGCGGCGGAUGGUCGGGCCACGCAGGGGGACCCGGACCCGGACUCGGACCCGGGCCCGGGGGAAGAAGCCGGGGCUGCUCUCGCGCGCCGCGCGGGUGCUCUCCUGCGGCCGCCGCUCCUACUGAUCGAUGCCAUCCGGCGCGGACCGGCCGGCGGGCAUCGAAUCGUCCGAAUCGAGAUCUGCCGUGACGUGCGCGCGUGACUUGUCUCUAUUCCCUUCGUGCGCGGGUUGUUGCCAUGCCCGCGAGCGCUGCUGUUUCCCGUGUCGUGUUCGUACCUGCGUGGGAGCUAUAGAUGCACUCGUGUUGUGUGUAUAAAUCAUUCUGUAUAUAAACUUCACUUGUAAUGUUGAUGUUGUUGUCA